AUGGAGGUGGAGGUGGAGGUGGGAGUUUCACAAGCUGAAGAAGAGUUUGAAGAACAUAAUCUGAAUAUUGAAGACGAAUCAAAUGAGACACGCGAGGAUCAAAACUUGGAAGACUGUGAAAGUGAAAAUGUCACUCGUUUGAAUUUGAGCUUUAAUGAUCUUGCUACUUGGGCCAAAUGUGAUGAUCAAGUCCGACAAAUUCUGGUGGAACAUGGGCCAGAACAAGUUCAGCAGUUCGAUUUCCCCAAAGAUACAAGAAGAAAAGUAUUGGCUGCAAAUACUAAAACGUCUGACUGCUUUGGUCAGAGUUCUUGGUGUGCAAACCUGGCCUUUCGGGGAACACAUGAAAAACUGCAUACUUCUGGUAAUGAAAAUUUCCUCAAAUUUGUCGAAUAUCUAUCUUUGUUUGACCCACUUAUGGAUGAGCAUCUUCGAAGGAUUAAGGACCAGCAGAUGCAUGUACAUUACCUAGGGAAAGACAUACAGAAUGAGCUUAUUCAGCUUCUAUCCAAUGCCAUCAAACAAAAAAUCCUAGCAUCUGCUCAUGCUGCAAAAUACUUUUCAAUCAUUCUCGAUUGUGCACCAGAUGCAGGCCACGUUGAACAAAUGACCAUGAUCAUUCGGUUUGUGGAUAGGCCUACUUCAGAGACUGAGAAUGAGACUGAAUCAGUAUGCAUAAAGGAACACUUCUUGGGAUUUGUGUCGCUUACGGAGACAACUGGAGCUGGUAUGACAGAAACUAUUCUUCACCAGUUAGAAGAGAUGUCACUGCCUAUAGAAAACUUGCGUGGUCAAGGCUACGACAAUGGGAGCAAUAUGAAAGGGAAAGAAAAUGGUCUUGGUGACAUCUAUGAUGCUCUGGUAAACAUCUAUGAAGAUACUCUGACAGGAUCAUCUGGCAAUACAUCGCGAGUUGAUGCAAAGGCUCUUACAAAAGUCAUUUCUAGUUUCAAGUUUCUUGUUUCUCUUGUUUUGUGGUAUGAUAUAUUGUUUGAGAUCAACAUAACUAGCAAACAACCUCAGGCAAAAGAAUUUGAUAUAUGUGAUGCCAUUAAUCAACUUGGAGAAAGCAAGAAGUUUCUUGUGGGCUGCAGAAGUGACGCAGCCUUUGAGAAAACAUUGGUAGAUGCAGGUGAACUUGCGGAGGAGUUGGAUGUACUGGCACUUUUUGAACCAGAUCCAAUCCAUAUUAGAAAGAAGAGGAAGCAGUUCAUAUAUGAAGCAGAUGACGAACCUAUUUAUGAUCCGAAAGAAAAAUUCAAAGUGAACUUUUACUUUGCAGUCAUUGACACAGCAAUACAUUCGGUUGAAGAAAGAUUCACAUUGAUGCAGCAAAUUAGUUCAGUGUUUGGCUUCAUAUAUGUUUACAGUUUGCAAAAUAAAACACCAAAGCAAAUUAUGGAACAUUGCUUG